AUGGUAGCGAGGGAGCAAGCCACGGAGGUGCAGGAAGGUGCUUGUAACGGGAUGACAGUGCAGGAAGGUGCUUGUAACGGGAUGACAGUGCGGGAAGGUGCUUGUAACGGGAUGACAGUGCAGGAAGGUGCUUGUAACGGGAUGACAGUGCAGGACGGUGCUUGUAACGGGAUGACAGUGCAGGAAGAUGCUUGUAACGGGCUGACAGUGCAGGACGGUGCUUUUAACGAGGUGACAGCUCAGGAAGGCAGUGCUAUUGCAGGCGGGGCAGGAGCAGAGGGCACAUUAUUCAGAGCGCUGGAGGCGGAGGAGGUGCGCAGGCAGGGUCACCGCAUGGUGGAGUUCAUUGCAGACUAUCUGCAGGGCGUGGGGGACAGACCAGUGUGCUCCACCGUGCAGGUAUCUCGCACCUACAUAUCGAGCGCCAUCCUGCCGGGCCUGACGCACUGGCAGAGCCCGGCCUUCUUCGCCUUCUUCUCCUCGCCCACCAGCGCCGCCGCCAUCUGUGCUGAUGCCCUCAUCAGCGCCCUCAACGUCGUCGGCUUCUCCUGGGCCGCUGCCCCUGCGGCGACUGAGCUGGAGGAGGUCGUUAUGGACUGGAUGGUGGAGUUGCUAGGGCUUCCCGAUGGGUUCCACUCGGUUAAGUCAGGCGGGCAGGGAGGGGGGGUGAUUCACGGCACGGCCAGUGAGGCGCUGCUGGUGGCGCUGCUGGCCGCCAGGCGGAGAGUGCUGGACCGCGUGGGGUGCAACGGGAGCGUGGGGGUGGCACAUGAGGAGUGGCCGGCGGACGCUGCAGGCGAUGGGGAUGGCGAUGGCAGUGGGGCUUGUGUUAUUGGUACCACCAGUAGCACUGGUGCAGGUGCUGGUCAGGCUGGCAGCACCAGUGGUGGGGCGGCUGCUGCCAGCAAGGCUGCUGCUGGUGCGUGUGAGCAGGGAGAGGCUGCCGGGGCCCCGUGGGGCAGUGCGGAGGACAGGGCAGCACAGUGUCUAGUGGCAUACGUGUCGGAUCAGACGCAUGCAUGUGCACUCAAGGCGUGCCGUGUGGCAGGCAUACCCGAGGGCAACGUGCGUGUGCUGCCCACCACCGCUGCAUCGGCUUAUGCCCUCACUGCUCGGCAGCUGUUGGAUGCGGUGCAGAGGGAUGAAGCUGCUGGCCUCAUUCCCUUCUUCCUCGUCCUCACUGUAAGUGGGAGGUGCCUCGUUCUCCUCUUCCUCGCUCUCAUUGUUGGCUCCACGUCAUCCACUGCUGUUGAUCCAAUCGCCCCUCUGGCCGCCAUCGCAAAGGCACAUGGCAUGUGGGUGCAUGUGGACGCAGCGUAUGCAGGCAUGGCAUGCAUGUGCGCUGAGAUGAGGCACCACCUGGCAGGCGUGCACCUGGCCGACUCACUAGCGUCCAACGCCCACAAGUGGCUGCUCACCAGCUUCGACUGCUGCUGCAUGUGGACGCAGGACAGCAGGCCUCUGGUGAAAGCACUGUCCAUACUGCCGGAAUACCUGCGGAACAAGGCAUCAGAGAACCAUCACGUGGUUGACUACAAGGACUGGGAGAUCCCCAUUGGCCGCCGCUUCAGGUCUCUGAAGCUGUGGAUGGUGCUGCGCACGUACGGGGCGGAUGGUAUCCGUGCAUACAUCAGGCGCCACGUGGCACUUGCUGAGUGGUUCGAGGAGGCUGUGCGGCAAGAUGAUCGGUUCCAACUGAUGGCUCCGCGCCCCUUCACGCUCGUCUGCUUUCGCCUCAAGCCGCCCGCAGCUCGGACACACAGCGGGGUGCCGUGCGGAGGGGGGGACGAGGGGGUGAUGGGCGAUGGCAGUGAGGAUGCAGGGAGGAAGGUGAACGCGGCGCUACUAGAGGCGAUAAACAGCAGCGGGCAGGCGUACCUCACACACACU